AUGAGUGCUGGGUGUGCUGUACCACUGGAAGAAGUGGACCACAAACAGAGAACUAAGGAUGCGAACCUGGAGAGAGAAAUUUUGAAGGGCAAACCUCGGAGGACAGCGGUGCCGACUAGAAUGAUCUUGGAGAUUGCCUGUCCGCUGGUAUCGUUGGAGACUUUAAACCUAUCAUUGCAAAGUAACUAUGACAGUAGCAGUGAAGCUGCAUCUAUGUUUGGACCCGUCUUGAGACGUACACCACGCACACCAUACUCAUGUUCAGAAGCGGACGUCGAAUUAGUAAGAAAAGGUACAAACGGAUGUGAGAGCGGUAGUUCUCUCUCGCGGAUCUGUGGCAAUGACGUUCCUGACGGAAACGGCAGUUGGUCCAUUGGGGUCAUAGACCCGGCCUAUGUUGGACAUUGUCUCGUCCAUAGUGACAGCACGUCCAGCAAGUCUCGUCGGUAUUCUGCUGGUAAGGCCACGUCCCUUUCGGGCAGUCCCAAGGUUGCCUGCUUCAAGAGAAUCUGCUACCGCGACUUCAGUACCACUAGCAGCAGCGAGGAUUGUAAGGUAAACGAUUUCAACGAGCUUCAUGGUAUCUGUUGCUAUGACAAGGUCUUCGAAGAAACUAUUAUGUCUUGGUUCAAUGGAAUGCGUGGUGUGGCACAAGAGGGCUACUCACCGCAACAGAAGGCGGUCGUUUCCGAGGUCUUUUUGACAUAA